GUUUCAGCGCAACCGUGGCCACAAUUCGUCGUAAAAAACGGCACGGAGAACGUUUUUUGUUUUAUUUGCGCGGAGUUUUGAUUAUAAUUAAUUAAGAAAGAAAAAAAAUAAUUGAAUACUCAAAUGAAUGCGAUAUCGAAAUAAACGAGAGUAACAACAACCGUACCAAUUGAAAACAGUUGAAAGCAAAGACAGUGUUUCUGUUCUCAUAGUGUGCGCGUUUGUGUUUGUGUGUGAGUGCGUUAUAAAUAAAACGCCAAGAAGCUGCGUGCAAAAAGUAGACGCGAAGAAAAAUAAAGAAUGUACCCAAACAACAGGAGUGCAAGAAAAGAAAGUGUUUUUAAGUUGAUUUCCGUUGAGUUUUUAAUACAUUUGUAAUUAUUGUAUGAUCGUGUACGAAAGAAACAAAAGGCGAAAGUGCAUUUUUACAAAAGCUAAAAAUUUACAAAUAAAUACGAAACUUCGACCAGUACAAUUUACUUGGAUUUUGGGCCAAAUAGAAAAUAAAAAAGUAAACGGAGCGUUCAACUUGCAACAAAAACACGCCGUGUAAUGGAUGCAACAUCAAUAAUCACACAAGUUUCCCGCGACGAUGAGCAACUGAAUGUCUAUCCAAAUGACAAAGGAGAAGAUGUGGAUCGCCUAAAACCACAAAAACGCGGCAUAUUUCAAUCGUUACUUUGCUGCUGGCGACGAAAUCGAACGAAAACAAAUCAGAAUGGCACACAGAUCGAUGGUUCAACAACACCGCCACCCUUACCGGACCAACAAAGGUACCUUCUACCUCAGGUUAGGCACUCCGAUAUGCAUCGAAAGUGCAUGGUUAUCGAUUUGGACGAAACUCUAGUGCACAGUAGUUUUAAGCCCAUACCUAAUGCCGAUUUCAUAGUACCAGUCGAAAUCGAUGGCACCAUACAUCAGGUCUAUGUGCUAAAGCGACCGCAUGUCGAUGAGUUUCUACAAAAGAUGGGCGAACUGUACGAGUGCGUUUUGUUUACAGCCUCACUAGCCAAAUACGCAGAUCCCGUUGCCGAUCUGCUAGACAAAUGGAAUGUGUUUCGUGCAAGACUGUUUAGGGAAUCAUGCGUUUAUUACAGGGGUAAUUACAUUAAGGAUCUAAAUCGUCUGGGUCGCGAUUUACAAAAGAUUGUCAUUGUUGACAAUUCACCGGCCAGUUACAUCUUUCACCCAGACAAUGCAGUUCCUGUGAAGUCGUGGUUCGACGAUGUGACCGACUGUGAGCUGCGUGAGCUGAUACCUCUCUUUGAGAAGCUCAGCAAAGUGGAUUCCGUCUAUUCGGUGCUCUGCAAUUCGAACCAGCCGCUAAACAAUCAAACAAAUCAACAGCAUACGCAGGAGCUGCAACAAGCGCCUCAUCAACAGCAACAGCAGCAACAACAAACCAUCUCUGCCACGACAGUUAUUACACAGGCGACCACAUUGUCUGCACCGACCAUGCUGAAUACUGCAACACAGCAGCAGCAGCAACAACAACAACAGCAGCAACAACAAUUGCAGCAGCUGUCGUCCAGUCCGCCCAAUCCACAAAGCGAGCUGCUGCAGCAGAAGACGUAACAUCAGUGGGAACUAAUGUUUAUAAAUAUAUGAUAAAGUUUAUACAUAUUACGAGACCAAGCAAACAAAAAAGCAAAGCAUAUAAAGCAUAAUUCUGCGUCGCCUCCAGCAAUACACACACGCACACUAGUUUACACCUUCUAUUAAUAAUCCCCCGCUUAGACUAAGCUCAAGUGUUUAAUUUUUUUAACCAUGUAUUUUAUAACGGCACCUUUUGUUAUUUAUUAUUAUGAUUUCUUGGCUCCCAAUUCAAUAUGUGUGUGUGUGUGUAAUAACUUUUUUUAAAUAUGCUGCGCUGAAAGCAAAUAAAGGCCACGCUUUUUACCCAUUGUACUGGGUAUUACCCCCUCUAAAAAAACAAAUGAAAAACCUUUAAAAACUAUACAUAAUACCCUAUGUAUAACUAAUAAUCAUUGAACUUUUAUAUACACUAUAUAUAUAUACAAUACAUAUAUAUAAAUAUACAUAUUUUAAGUGCGCAUAUUUAACAAAAUGAGAAAAAAGGGAAAAUUCUAAUACAGCUAACAGAUGUGGAAAAGAACAUAAAAACAUGGCAAGAAAAAAAAAACAAAAAAGAAUAACUAUACAUAUGAGCAGAGAGAUAAAAUCAAAUUCAAAAUAGCAUAUAUUUAUAUAUAUUUUUUAUUAAAAACAAAACCAGAAGAAAAAAAAACAACACUUAAACAAAUGAAAAAAAUCUACGUGUACUACAAAAAGAAAAAAAAAAACAAUAUUUAUAUAUACAUCUUAUAUAAACUAUAUAUGUAUAUAUAUAGGCUAAGCAUGUGUAUACACAUUUUGCUUGUAUAAAUAUUUCGUACGUUUAUGCGUGGUGUUCCUAUUCGCGAUCGUGAUCAUGAUCAUCGCAUGGCUAACGCUUGGCAUAAAUGUGCAUUAAUUCAAAUAAUGGUAUAUGCACAACAAGGGCACAAUUUAAACUGUAUCCCUUCUUUUAUUUUGUUGCCACUUGUUGGGCAUCGGCUGCUUGAAAACUGCGCUUAUACGUUGCUUCAUUUUAUGGUCAAGUUGCGCAGCACAAUUGACGGUUUCUCCCAUCAUAUUAAUGCACAAAAACAAAAAAAAGAAAACAAAAAAGCAUACAAAAACAUAUCCAUAAUAAGUUCGAGCUACAAAAACUGCAAAAUCAAAUUACACCAAAUGAAUUCAGUAAUGUUAUCAUGAUAUGGCGCAACGCAUAAACGCAUCUUUAAUGGUCAGCUGCGUUUGUAACGGCUUUUUAGUAUAUUUUUUAUAGCUGAAAGGCACAUCUUAUUAUACACUUACAACUUUUUAUUAUAUUUUUUAUUUAAUUUCCUUUAACAAGUGCGCUUAUGAAACGCAAUUUGCAAUAUUUCUCUACCAUUUCCCUUCGAGAUCUAUCUAUCCCCUUUUACUAGAAAAUACUUUUCUAUCGUACGGUGCGGACAUGUUUUGUGUUUUAAUUUAUGUGCGGGCAGUUCAAGAAUAAUAAAAAGAGAAACGAAAAUAAAAGUGAAAUAUUUACACGAAAAGCUUCUACUCCGACCAAGUAAUUAAAUAUAAUACAUCUAUGUAUAACAGUAUAACACUUAUAUUGAGCUCAAGCUGGCCACGCCACAACCCACCUAAAUAUAAUAUAUGUAUACUUUAUAUAGAUGCGACUAUAUACCAUUACAACUAUAACAACAACAACAAACAAAAGACGCUAACGCCUCCCACACUCACACACACACCGAUCGAUCAGUCACGUUUCUUAAUUACACUAACUCUCAACUAAUUUUCCGCAAACAUUUCUAGUGGAUAAGCUUUUAUAUUUUUUAACUGAGAUCAAAUAAUAUCAACUACACAAAAAUUCGGCACGUUGUAAACGCGCAAGAUUCUCAUAUGAUUUGCAAGUUUAAUUGUUUUUACCACACAUCAUCAAAGCAAGCUAAAAUAAAUUCAUUAAAACAAAAAAAAAUAGAUAUAUAAUAAUUCAUAAUAUUGUAUAUCAUUUACACUGCUGCGAAAUUGUAAUAAACGAUAGCGACUAAUCACAAGCGAAAUUUAAGUAUAAAAUGCGAUAGCGAUAACGUAUUUUAAUAAUGCAUAUAUUUAACUGUUUUACUUUUAAUAAUAACAAUAA